AUGCGGGCAGGCCCGAGCCCCGCCGUCACACUGGCCCUGAUGCUGGCGGUGGCAUGGGCCACAGAGCUCAAGCCCACAGCGCCUCCCAUAUUCACGGGCCGGCCCUUUGUGAUAGCAUGGGACGUACCCACACAGGACUGCGGCCCACGUCACAAGGUGCCACUGGACCUGAAGGCCUUUGACGUGCAGGCCUCACCUAACGAGGGUUGGGUGAACCAGAACAUUACCAUCUUCUACCGGGACAGGCUGGGCCUAUAUCCACGCUUUGACUCAGCAGGGCAGUCUGUGCAUGGUGGUGUGCCGCAAAAUGGCAGCCUCCGGGCACAUCUGAAGAUGCUGCAGGACCAUGUGGAACACUAUAUCCGCACGCAGGAGCCUGUGGGGCUGGCAGUCAUUGAUUGGGAGGACUGGCGGCCUGUGUGGGUACGCAACUGGCAGGACAAGGAUGUGUAUCGCCGGUGGUCACGCCAGCUGGUGGCCAACCUCCACCCCGACUGGCCACUGGACCGUGUGAGCAAGCAGGCUCAAUACGAGUUUGAGUUUGCUGCUCGGCAGUACAUGCUAGAGACACUGCGCUGGGUCAAGGCAGUGCGUCCACGACACCUCUGGGGCUUCUACCUCUUCCCUGACUGCUACAACCAUGAUUAUGUGCAGAACUGGGCCAGCUACACGGGUCGCUGCCCUGACGUUGAGGUUGCCCGCAAUGACCAGCUGGCCUGGCUGUGGGCUGAGAGCACAGCCCUCUUUCCCUCUGUCUACUUGGAUGAGACACUUGCCUCCUCUUCCCACGGCCGCAAGUUUGUCAGCUUUCGUGUACAAGAAGCUCUUCGUGUGGCUCACACCCACCAUGCCAACCAUGCACUCCCAGUCUACGUCUUCACGCGGCCCACCUAUAGCCGCAGGCUCACAGGGCUCAGUGAGAUGGACCUCAUCUCCACCAUUGGCGAGAGCGCAGCCCUGGGUGCAGCUGGUGUCAUCCUCUGGGGUGACGCAGGGUACACCAAGAGCAUGGAUACCUGCCAAUACCUCAAGAAUUACCUGACACAGCUGCUGAUCCCCUACGUGGUGAACGUGUCCUGGGCUGCCCAUUAUUGCAGCUGGGCUCAGUGUCAUGGCCAUGGGCGCUGUGUGCGCCGCAACCCCAGUGCCAGUGCCUUCCUGCAUCUCAGUGCCAGCAGCUUCCGCCUAGUGCCUGGCCAUGCACCCGACGAGCCCCAGCUACGACCUGAAGGGGAGCUCAGCAGGGCUGACCGUGACAACUUGCAGGCACACUUUCGUUGCCAGUGCUACUUGGGUUGGGGUGGUGAGCAAUGUCAGUGGGACCAUGGGAAGGCAGCUGGGGGUGCCAGCCAGGUCUGGGCAGGGCCUCACCUCCCCAGCCUGCUGGCUGUGACAGCCCUGACUCUCACCAGGACUUUAUAG